AUGUCUGAAGUCCCUAAUCAAGAGUCUCCGAGUUCAUCGAUAUUCAAACAAUCGAAUGCUUCGACAUCAACAAAAAUACAUGGUGCUCCAUCUAGUUCACAAAUUGCUAAUGUCGACUUCAACACCUUGAGGAAACUAAAUACGAAUACUUCGUUUUCGUCAAACCUAACUAACUCAACCACUAAAACUAGCAAUGCUUUAUCCAGGCUAUUCACUAGAAAUAAGUCAUCAUCUAACAUUUCAAUUCAUCCCUCUUCAAGCGAUGAUGAUAGCUCACCAAAGACACUUCGAGAAUCUACAUCUCCAUCUGAAUCAAGCAAGAGUGUUAGUGGCAAUAAGUUGAGAAUUGCCAAAAAGUUGAAGUUUCCCAAGAAUCAAAGCAGUCGGAAACCAGAUUUGUUUUUGGAUACUAGUAGCACAAUAAGCGAAGACAGUUCUUCGUUUCGGAAAGUAAUAACUGGUAAUCUGUUAAAUGAGAUGAAUAAAUCAAGAAAGAGCUCAAUGAGCUCACCCAUGAGUACCACAUUUCAUAGUUUGUUUCAUCGAUCCCAUCAUAAUGGCAGCAACCUUCAACGAGACACCAACCAAGUUGCGACUGGCAUGACACCUUUGUCCGGUAAGUUUGAUGACUUCUCAAAAGCAUCCAAGACAACUUUAUGUCUUUCCUCAAAUAGCUCGAAUUCAAUAAUCAGCAAUCCUGAACUAGCUCAGAUAUAUAAUUUCACCAACCCAAAUAUUUCAAUUGAAGAUGGAGAAACCAAUUUGGAUCAUUCAAACAGUUCCUUUUUGGAUAUUCAUAAGAAAAUGCUUGUGCCAGCAGAUCUGUUUAUUCAGAAUAAGCUAAACAAGUACCACCAAACCGAAGUAGGGUUGGGCAUAUACGAAAGUGAAUUAGAUCAUGACAAAGAUAGUAAGAUAUAUUCCAACCUUUAUCAUUACUUGAAACCACUAUUUACCCCAUCUUUUUCAAUAUCCGACUCUGGUCAAAAGGGUAGGAUGCGUCCAAUAUUGGGUGCUAGUGUUGAAGAAAUUGCAAAUUUCGUAAAGGAGAGUUUUUGUUUACACCAGCCCAAUCACGAAAGAAGUUUUAGACUGAAGACAAGAUCCAGUGUAUCAAGCUUGGGUCGUGAAAAGGUAGAGGAUUUUGAUUACCGUCAGUUAUCGAAUUUGUUUGAGAAAUUGAUGGCCUUAUUGAGUCAUAACUUGCAAACUGCCGAUUCAUCGGAAGUAUCUUUACAAGCUUUGAUAUUGAACGCAUGGAAAUAUUAUAAUGCUUAUGUUAGGUUUUAUUUGCUAAGUAUAUUUCAACCAUUACAACUUCACUUGAACGAGCUAUCUAUGAGAAAUCAUAAUGGAAGCAAAAUUAUCAGAAUAGACGACCUUCUACUUGUUUCUUUUCGAAAAGUUUUUAUUACUGAACAGGGAAUUGGAAGUGGGGAUAGAGAGACAUCUCAAUUUUUGGGGAAUGCUGAAAGUGAAGAUCUUACAGGAAAUGGAUUGUUGACUUCUACUUUGGCCGUGUUGUCGAGUAUAUCAUAG